CCACCCUCUGCGCUCACCGGCCGCUCUAGCCGCGCCCGGCCGUCUCGUUGCUCCCGGCCCGACGUCAUCACUCCGCGCCGCCGGACGGUGGUGGGCACGCGCAACCAAGAAGAUGUCUCCGACGCCGGCGCUUUUCAGUUUGCCCGAGGCGCGGACGCGGUUUACGAAAUCUACCAGAGAGGCCUUGAAUAACAGAAAUAUCAAGCCAUUGUUGAACGCCUUCAGUCAGUUACCUGGCAGUGAAAAUGAAAAAAAAUGUACCCUUGACCAAGCUUUCAGAGGUGUUCUAGAAGAAGAAAUUAUAAAUCAUUCGGCAUGUGAGAACGUUUUAGCUAUUAUUUCUCUUGCUAUUGGGGGAGUAACUGAAAGUGUCUGUACCGCAUCCACGCCAUUUGUGCUGUUGGGAGAUGUCUUGGACUGCCUUCCUUUGGACCAGUGUGACACAAUAUUCACUUUUGUCGAGAAGAACGUUUCUACUUGGAAGUCAAAUACAUUCUAUUCUGCUGGCAAAAAUUAUUUACUACGUAUGUGCAAUGAUCUCCUCAGAAGAUUGUCUAAAUCUCAGAACACGGUCUUCUGUGGACGAAUUCAACUCUUUUUGGCCAGGCUUUUUCCUCUAUCAGAGAAAUCAGGUCUUAACUUACAGAGUCAGUUUAACCUGGAAAACGUUACUGUUUUCAAUACAAAUGAGCAGGAAAGCACCCUAGGUCAGAAGCACACUGAAGAUAGAGAGGAAGGGAUGGAUGUAGAAGAAGGUGAAAUGGGAGAUGAUGAAGCCCCAACAACUUGCUCUAUUCCAAUUGAUUACAACCUAUAUAGAAAAUUUUGGUCACUUCAGGAUUACUUCAGGAACCCAGUACAAUGCUAUGAGAAGAUUUCUUGGAAAACUUUUCUCAAGUAUUCUGAAGAAGUUUUAGCUGUUUUUAAGAGUUAUAAAUUAGAUGAUACUCAAGCCUCCAGGAAAAAGAUGGAAGAAUUAAAAACAGGAGGAGAACAUGUAUACUUUGCAAAGUUUUUAACAAGUGAAAAGUUGAUGGAUUUACAGCUGAGUGAUAGUAACUUUCGGCGACACAUCCUGUUGCAGUAUCUCAUUUUAUUUCAAUAUCUCAAGGGACAGGUUAAAUUCAAAAGUUCAAACUAUGUUUUAACUGAUGAGCAAUCACUUUGGAUUGAAGAUACUACAAAAUCAGUCUACCAACUGCUAUCUGAAAACCCCCCCGAUGGAGAAAGAUUUUCAAAGAUGGUAGAGCAUAUAUUAAACACUGAAGAGAAUUGGAACUCGUGGAAAAAUGAAGGCUGCCCAAGUUUUGUGAAGGAAAGAGCAUCAUCAGACACCAAGCCCACAAGAGUGGUACGGAAGAGAGCAGCCCCAGAAGACUUCUUAGGCAAAGGGCCCAACAAGAAAAUCUUGAUUGGAAAUGAGGAGCUAACAAGGCUUUGGAAUCUCUGUCCUGAUAAUAUGGAAGCCUGUAAAUCAGAGACAAGAGAAUACAUGCCAACUUUGGAGGAGUUCUUUGAAGAAGCCAUUGAACAAGCAGAUCCUGAAAACAUGGUUGAAAGUGAAUAUAAAGCUGUGAACAAUUCAAAUUAUGGGUGGAGAGCUCUCAGACUCUUAGCACGAAGAAGCCCUCACUUCUUCCAGCCAACCAAUCAGCAGUUUAAGAGUCUGCCAGAGUACCUGGAGAACAUGGUAAUAAAGCUAGCCAAGGAACUACCACCUCCUUCUGAAGAAAUAAAAACAGGUGAAGAUGAAGAUGAGGAAGAUAAUGAUGCUUUACUGAAGGAAAAUGAAAGCCCAGAUGUCCGGCGAGAUAAACCUAUAACAGGGGAACAGAUAGAGUUAUUUGCCAACAAACUUGGUGAGCAAUGGAAGAUUUUGGCUCCUUACUUGGAGAUUAAAGACUCUGAAAUUAGGCAGAUUGAGUGUGACAGUGAAGACACGAAGAUGAGGGCCAAGCAGCUCCUUGUUGCCUGGCACGAUCAAGAAGGAGCUCAUGCAACGGCGGACAACCUCAUCAGCGCACUAAACAAGUCUGGAUUAAGUGACCUUGCAGAAAGCCUAACUAAUGACACCGAGACAAAUAGUUAGCUUUCUUUCUUUUCUUUCUUUUUUAUUAAACUGUGAUAAGAUUUUGUUACCAAGCGGCAUUUGAUAAGAGGUCCACUGGUUUUGGUAAACAAUAAACACUUUUAUAACA